AUGGAAAAUGUGAGAAAAUAUCAGGAUGUUAAAAUUAUAUCUUUGAAUGGAGAUGAUGAUGAGAAGAAGUUUCGGAAGAAAAUCCGCAAACCAUCAUUCAAAUAUGCCAGACAGUUUUCAGAUACUCUUAUUGGCGCACACAUGGGUAAGGCUGACGUAAUUCUUAAUAAACCGAUUAUUGUCGGUGCGUCCGUUUUAGGUCUCAGUAAACUCCAUAUGUAUAGAUUCUGGUACGAUUAUGUAAAGGAUAAAUAUGGCAAUAAUGCCAAGCUUGGAUAUAUGGAUACUGAUUC